AAACACAUAUAUUGUCUUUAUACCAGUAAGUAGGGGUUUAUACUUUUUCAACCUGGGAUUUAACUUUGGCUUGAUGUGGCCCUGACGGCUUGCUUAGCUACAUUUGUCUUAUCAGAGGGUUUCUUUGAAAUAUUCUUAAAAUAGAAUAAAUUGGCACAGUGCCAGGUGACAUACAUGAAAGCAUUUUUUACAUAGGUGGUUGGUUUGUGUAUAGGAUGGGAUGAACAUUUUGAUAUGUAGGCUAUAGUUGCUCACAGUCACUAAAUUCAGAGGUCCACAUCAAAACAAUAUAGGAGUAUAUCUCAGCUCGCCAAAACGUGUGUAUAUAUUAUAUAGGCAUAGCUAUGUGCUUUAGUUUUCUCGUGUUAUUUUCCGUUUCAUCGUCAGGGGUCGUGGCUAAGCAAGAUAUACUCCCUCAAGAAGCGCUGGCUAAUAUAUGUGCAACUCGUCGAGCGUAUUUUCUAAGGCAAGUCUGCCUUCAGGUAGGAUACGAUUUAAAAACCAUAUGGCGGGAUCGUGUUAUGAAUUCCGAUAGACUGCACUUCCGUUAGUUAAUUAUAUUUUAAAUGCAUACUUAUAACGAUGUUUUAGUUUUUCAAAAGGCCGUUCACAGAAAUUUAAAAACCAUGAAAAUAGUGUGUGUAUUACACGUAGGAAUGCCUGUGUAUGCUAAUACACUUAAAGGAAUUUAUACAGGCAUUGUGAUGAUGUCCUUAAAGCUCCACCUCCGCGUGCUGGAACUGGGCGGUAACACCAGCGACACGCGCAGUACUACCUGCUAAUCCCCGUUACUCACGACUCACUAGGCUGAUAGACGGUGUAACCGGCGGAGUUGGAAAAUAACUUGAUGUGAUUUUGGUCAUCUGCGGAACUUUUCAAUGAUUUAUUUCUGGAGUGAAAUAUAGCCUAUAAACUUUUGUCAAAUGGAUUCUUUCAGUGGAAUUGUUCUUCUUUUGACUUUUGAUUGGGUCUGACUUACUGGAACUCAGGAAGUUUUACAGAGUUCCGUUUGUAAUAGAAAACCGACCGGAGGCAUUGAUGGAGACGUUUGAAAACCAGAUAUGACAGGAAAGCUAUCUUCCAUUCAUUUUAUGGAAUAUGCCUAUUUCUUAUGGCGUGAUUCAUCAAAAUAAUUGUAUUUAAAAGAAGCUGUGUCUGCUUCUUUCACUGACAGAAGAUCGCAUUUGAAGAAAAUUCUGAAUUUGAGAUUUGGCUUGAACUUAAAACUGCACCUCAGAAACUGUCGGACUCCAAAUUGGACACACAAUGACACGCUGUCGGUUCGCCUUCGCAGGGCUGUGGUGGAGCGCUUACUGCAUGUUCCUUAUUGCCGGUAGCAAUUAUUUAUUCGAUGGGAGCAACGACGUACAUCAAAGUUUCAUUCACCGGCGGUUACGGACACAUGAAAAGAGAGAAAUGCAGAAGGAAAUUCUGUCUAUUCUCGGACUUCCACACCGACCAAGACCGCAUCUGUCUCACGGAAAAUAUAACUCCGCUCCGCUCUUUAUGCUUGAUCUAUACAAUAUCAUUUCGAGCGAGGAGAAGAACGAAGUAGACGGCAUGUUGGACCAACACCAGUCCAUGUUCACAACCCAAGCUCCCCCUUUAGCAUCGCUUCAAGAGAACGGCUUUCUGAACGACGCAGAUAUGGUGAUGAGCUUUGUUAAUUUAGUGGAGUACGACGGUGAGCUCUCUCCUCAGAGACAACAUCACAAGCAGUUCAAGUUCAACCUGUCCCAGAUCCCCGAGGGAGAGGGGGUGACGGCCUCAGAGUUCCGCGCUGCUACAAGGAUGUGCGUGAGCCGUGCGUUCCGGAACGAAACGCUGAACCUGAGCGUGUUCCAGGUGGUGAUAGAGCAACCCACCAGGGAGGAGGAGCUGUUCCUGCUGGAGUCGAGGCGUCUGUGGCCGGCGGAGGAGGGCUGGCUGGAGUUCGACAUCACAGCCUCCAGCAACCUGUGGGUGAUGAGUCCCACCCACAACCUGGGCCUGCAGAUCAGCGUGGAGACCAGCACUGGGCGGAGCAUCAGUCCGAAGGAGGCGGGGCUAGUGGGGCAUGGCGGUGCGCUGGAGAAGCAGCCCUUCAUGGUCGCGUUCUUCAAGGUCAGCGAGGUCCAUGUCCGGACCGCCCGCGCCGCCCCCCGACGCAAACAGCAGCAGAACCGCAACCGCUCCACCCAACCCCAGGAGGGCCCCCGCGGACCUGGGCCUGCAGACUACAACAGCAGUGACCAGAAGACGGCUUGUAGGAAACACGACCUGUACGUCAGCUUCCGGGAGCUUGGUUGGCAGGAAUGGAUCAUCGCUCCGGAGGGCUACGCUGCUAACUACUGUGAAGGGGAGUGCUCCUUCCCCCUCAACGCUCACAUGAACGCCACCAACCACGCCAUCGUGCAGACUCUGGUCCAUCUCUUGAACCCGGAGAACGUUCCCAAGCCGUGCUGCGCCCCCACCAAGCUGCACGCCAUCUCUGUGCUCUACUUCGACGACAACUCCAACGUCAUCCUGAAGAAAUACAAGAACAUGGUGGUCCGAGCCUGUGGCUGUCACUGACC